CCCUCGCCAGGGGAGUGGGAAGCGGUGAUUCGACACGGUCGGAGCUGUGCCCCUGAGAGCCGAGGGGGAGGGGUUGGCGCUGCCGCCGUUGCAGCUGCUCCUUUGUGUUUCCCACAAUGCACCAGCUUCUCCUCCGCGGGAAAGAAAAAUGGCGAAGGACUGUCGUGGAGCCGGGCUGCCCGUGAGGCUGGCUUGAGCUUUUUCCUUGCGCCCCCUCCCCCGCGACGUAGCCUCACAGAACCACUGAGGUCGCGAGGAGCCUGGUUGAAGGGAGGCUUCUCGGGCAAGAGCGCUCUGAGCUCACUGAUUUUUUCCUGUAUGAAGCGAGUGGCCCCACUGGAGAGACCGAAUGAGAGACUCUACGGGGGUGGGUAAUUCAGUGGUCCACAAGCGGUCUCCUUUACGCCGAAACCAAAAACCACCAAUAUCCUUGACCAAACUGCCCUCGCAGGAUGGACAGAAAGCCAAAAAGCCAGGGUGCAAAUUUGAAGAAGGUCAAGAUGUCCUAGCUAGAUGGUCAGAUGGCUUGUUUUAUCUUGGAACUAUCAAAAAGAUAAACAAACUUAAGCAGAGCUGCUUCAUUAUAUUUGAAGACAGUUCCAAAUCCUGGGUUCUCUGGAAGGACAUACAAACAGGAGCUACUGAAAGUGGGGAAAUGGUCUGUACAAUAUGUCAGGAAGAAUAUUCAGAAGCACCCAAUGAAAUGGUUAUUUGUGACAAGUGUGGUCAAGGUUAUCACCAGCUGUGUCACACACCAAAUAUUGAUUCUAGUGUGAUAGAUUCAGAUGAUAAAUGGCUGUGCCGACAGUGUGUCUUUGCAACAACAACAAAGAGAGGUGGCGCACUUAAGAAAGGACCAAAUGCCAAAGCACUGCAAGUCAUGAAGCAAACAUUGCCUUACAAUGUAUCUGACCUUGAAUGGGAUGCAGGCCAUAAAACAAAUGCCCAACAGUGUUAUUGCUACUGUGGAGGUCCUGGAGACUGGUAUUUAAAGAUGCUACAGUGCUGCAAAUGUAAACAAUGGUUUCAUGAGGCUUGUGUGCAGUGCCUCCAAAAGCCAAUGCUUUUUGGUGACAGGUUUUAUACAUUCAUUUGUUCAGCUUGUAGUUCUGGACCAGAAUACCUCAAACGUUUACCCUUGCAAUGGGUAGAUAUAGCACAUCUAUGCCUUUACAACCUAAGUGUUAUUCACAAAAAGAAAUACUUUGAUUCGGAGCUUGAACUCAUGACAUACAUUAAUGAAAACUGGGAUCGACUCCACCCUGGUGAACUGGCAGACACACCAAGAUCUGAAAGAUAUGAGCAUGUUCUGGAGGCAUUAAAUGAUUACAAGACCAUGUUUAUGUCCGGAAAAGAAAUAAAGAAGAAAAAGCAUUUGUUUGGUUUGAGAAUUCGUGUUCCCCCUUGCCCACCAAAUGCUGCUUUUAAGGCUGAGAAAGAGCCUGAGGGAACUUCACAUGAGUUCAAAAUUAAAGGCAGAAAAUCAUCUAAACCUGUACCCGAUCAGAGGGAAGUUAGUAAUGGUGUAGAACGAAAGGGGAAGAAAAAAUCUGUGGGUCGCCCACCUGGCCCAUAUACCAGAAAAAUGAUUCAAAAGAUGUCUGAGCCAUCCCUUCCGGAACCUGUUGUAGUGCAAGAAUCCACUACUUUGGAUUUACCUAGCACUACUGGAAGAUCUGAUGGAACUGCACAUUCAUCCAAUACCUCAGAUGUGGAAUCCACGGGUGCUGCCAGUAUAAAAGAAACUACCUCAAACAGUAUAUCCAAGCAUUACAGUUUGUCUGACUCCAGGAAAAGGACACGAACAGGAAGAACUUGGCCGGCUACAAUCCCACACUUAAGGAGAAGAGGGCGCCUUCCACGAAAAGCACUCCAGAUUCAGAAUUCAGAAAUUGUGAAAGAUGAUGAAGGCAAAGAUGAUUAUCAGUAUGAUGAGGUUAAUACAGAGAUUCUUAAUAACUUGGCCGAUCAGGAGCUACAGCUUAAUCAUCUUAAGAACUCUAUUACCAGUUACUUUGGUGCAGCAGGUAGGAUAGCUUGUGGCGAAAAAUACCGUGUUUUGGCACGUCGGGUGACACUCGAUGGAAAGGUGCAGUAUCUUGUGGAGUGGGAAGGAGCAACUGCCUCUUGACUGCAGUACUGAACAUGAUUGCUGCACUGCUCUUACCUAUUUAUAGGCACCGUUUAUAUAAAUCAGGAGUGCAGAAGGAAACUUUUUUUGACAUUUCUAAAAAAUGGAAACCAAGUUAGCCUUAACACUUCUUUCAUAAGAGGACAAAGUAUUGUGCUAAAAGAUCUACCAUUUUUAAAACAAGGCUGGAUUUUUUUAAGAUGAGGAUUUAGAUUGUUCAUGCUGGGAAUUGGGGAUUUCAGUUGCUUUAAAGUAUGCACGAGUUCAGAAGAGACUUGCCUAGAGAACAUUCCAUGUGGGUAGAGAAUAUUUUCUGUAGCUAGAACAAAUUUUUAGUAAGAUUUCUUAAUCUUUUCUUACCCAAACAUUUGCAGAAGUGUAUUUCUACUUUGACAACCCUAGAUUUUCAUAAGGUGCAGUGUAUAUAAUUCCUACUGAGGACUGUAAAAUAUUGAAAUCUUUCAAGCAAAGUGUAAAAAUAUAUUGAGCUUGUAAAUUGCUCUGUGACUGAACUUCGUUGUCUUUUUAAUAUAUUCUUUGCAUGUGUGUGUGUAUAUAUAUACACAUAUGUGUGCAUGUGCAUAUAUGUGUGUGAUUGUGACCUAUGCAAUAUAAAUUAUGGGAUUGGGCAGCUUUUGACUAUAUAUCCCAUAAUUCUUUUAUCAGGAAUAGCUGCAGUAUUUACACAGCAUUUCUUCUCAGGCUUUAAUAGGUGCUGUUGCUUGCCACAUACUACAGAAUGUGUCAAAUGGGUGCUAUGUGUUCUGGCAGUGAGUGCAGUCAUUAAUGUCAUAUGCCUUUUAGAAAAUAUUUCAGGCUGUAAUCCUGCACAUAGAAGCCCAGUGAUUAGAAGAGUUGGAAGUAUCUCUCGGGCUCACAUGCACCCUCCCUGUUUCUCCUGUGCAAAUUCCCCUUUCUUUUGGCAUUAUGACAUGUUGUAGUGCUGCAUCUACAUAGUGCUGGAGAUUCACAUAUGGUUGCCUCUAACUGGAGUUUGCAAACUAAUUACAGCUAACAGUGGUUAGUGAUUGUCUUGGUACAGAUGUAAUGUACACCACUGGAAAGAGAAGGGGGAAUUAGCAGAGGGAGGGAGUCUUGCUUUCUUAGCCAUGGUUAAGAGAUCUGGAGAUGUUGCAUCUAAUGUGGACAAGGUUGCUUUGAGGCUGCAAUCCUAGACUUGUCUAACUGUGAGCAAGCCCUUAUUAAACUUCAUGGAACUUACUUCUGAGUAGACAUGUAUAAGAUUGUGCUGUAAAUCUUCUUGACUUAAGUAGCUUGACUGUGCACAGUAUUGCAGCCUCAGUUAAUGUUGGAGAAAGUUAGCUGUUUGAGACACAAAUCAGGACUUGAAAAUUUGAACAAACUCUGCUUAGGAGAAAAAUUUAAAGGAUUUGUGACACAUUGAUUGUAAAUUUUGUCUCCCAAUUAAUUAAAAGUCUGCAGGAGUCACACAAGAUUCCUUUUGUUAUGUAAUGUUUUGUAGUCAUGUUUGACAAACAUAGUUGGAAUAAAGUGUUUAAUUGCACAGGGUCAACAAAACAGUAUGUUGCCACUUGAAGUAACAAUACUGCUUUAUUACAAUAUUACCUCUUCUGUUCUUAUAAAUAUGAAUCAAGUUUUAAAAGAAUAACUUUAUUUUACUUGUAAAAUAAGUGUUUUUGCUGGGGCUAGAUGUACUUUCUUUAUCUGUUCUGAGUUUGUGGUUGUAUUUUUUUGCCAAAGAGUGUAAACUAUUUUAUUUUGAUGGUUUCUCAUUUUACUGCCUAAUAUGGUUUACUGUCAGACAUGAGUUUGCCAACAAAAUAAAAAUGUGACUUUUAAUUUCUUAGCAAAGGGUUGUAUGGCUAAAACCUUAUUGUACUACUGCUGUUUUGAUGCUGUUUGAUUGUCAAGAGAAAAAUCUUGUCACCUUUUUAUAUAGCCAAAGGAAACAUAGACAAAACAUGUUGCCCUGUGCUUGUUUGUAGCUGGCCAGAAAAUUUAUAAGCUUUACAAACAUGAUCAUUAAAAUAUACUUCUCUUUGCCUUCACUAAAAAUGUGGGUCUUUUUCCCUCUCACAGUCUCAGCUAUUAAGUUACACUUGCCUUGCCCGUAGCUGCAAUACUUUGAUAAGACCCAGGUUACUUACUGAAUGUUGGUCUCUUAGGAUAAUGCAAAGUGUAAUUAUAAUGUUAUGACUUGUUUAUUCCUUAAUUUUCUUUUCCACAAUCUUUGUAAUUCACACUGAACACCAGCAGUAUUUGCAGUAGGGCUUCCAUACAAAGAGAGCAGUUGGAAUCCAAUUGGGGAGAGAAAUUGACAAACUAUCAAUAGAUUGUUUUUGUUUUGUCACAGUGGUUGACAUGUUUGUAUUGUUGAAACUGUUUUCAGGAUUUUAAAAUUGACAUUAAAUGUGUGUAUUUUUAAGAA